AUGAAGAAAUCUUUAGUGAACCGAAGCGUUUCUACUGAGGAAGUGUUGAGGUUUGUUGAUUCUGGAUCGGAUGAUGAACUAACUUUUUCAGCUGAUUACCCAUCCGAUGACCUGACAUCAUCGUCUUCAGAGAACGAGGGGGUAGGGGACAGCAGUGAUGGAGAAAUGGAUACGAGUACGAGUACUGGUGCUAAUUUUGAACGGAGGAGAUGUAGAAAUGUUGUGAAUGCUGGAGGGGAUGCAUCUACAAAAGGGGUAUUUCGAUAUCAGUACUGUCACAUCAAGAUAUCUGUAAAACUGUUCUACUGGAGAUCGGGAUUGCCGGUCCAGAAACACAGGCCGAACCCUGCUCAUGACAGUAGCAGUAGUGAUGAUAGCUUCUCUGAUCAUGACGUUCCAGCACAAGCAGCUGUCCCAGUACAAGCAGCUGUUCCAGUACAAGCAGCCGAUCCAGCACAAGCAGCUGCACCCACAGCUAAGCCACCAAGUCGGGGUCGACGACGAGUUCAACAACCCCAGGACCCUUUAGCCACAGUGUGGUCAAAAACAUUUACUGCAGUUCACUCUACUUUUACUGGUGCACAGAGUGGACCGAAAAAUAUUCCCCAAAAUAUUACAGCCGACAGCUCAGCUGUAGAUUUUCUUGAUUUGUUUCUAGAUGGUGACUUCUGGCAGCUACUUUGCUCUGAGACCAACAACCAUACUAAGGAAACUACACCUGAUGCAUAUUAUGCGAAACGUUACCGAAAAAUUGACAUUCCAGAAAUGAAAGCAUUUGUUGCACUUAGAUUACAGAUGGAAAAUGGUGUAGUAAAACCGAGGUAUGAAUGUUACUGGUAUGGUCCCGAUAGAAAACGGCUGUCUAAAAAGAGGUCAAGAAUUAACAUAGACAGAAUGAAACGAUCGAUGUCAAUGGAACCAUUGCUGGAACAUACAUCAAAACAUGAAGAGAAAGACAAUGACAACAUGGAAUCAAGUAGAUCACUUACUGAGUUAAAAAACAAGUCACCAUUUAAUGAAAACGAUCGUUUAAAAUCAAGGAGUGAAGCUCACAUUGAAGAUAACCAUUAUCUAGGUGAAGUUAGACAAAAAGUAGAUGAAGGUUUAGGUGAAUCAUUUGACGGAAUGACUGAUAAUGUAACUGACGAUGGUCAAUAUCAAGAGGACAUAUUUAGACGAGUUACUUUUAUGUGA